AUGAUCAUAGAUUGUCGGGUUUAAAGCAAAGUGCGCUUUACGCAAUCGGUUUUUUAAGUACUUCGUUUAUAUCUACAAUAAUAGUUUCUCAUGUUCAGUAUCAGAGUGAAAAUCAAAAAUGUGGCUUCUUGCUGCCGUAAUUGCUAUUAUCACCGCCUUUAUAGCUAAAAAUAAACGGUACAGAUGGUUGUACAUUAUACUAAAAACAUACAAGCGCGACUUUCGGGUCGCAAUUGCGUUCGCAAAACUUAGAAUAAAGUUAUGGUGGUGGGGAAAGAUGCAGACCUCGGUUCCGGAACGUUGGGCAACAAUUGUAAAACGACAUCCCAAUAAAGUGGCAUUCCAAUUUGAAGGUUCUAGUUUAACAUUUUUACAGGUCGAUGAAUUUUCUAAUCAAAUCGCCAAUUAUUUUAAGUCGGAGGGUUUCACCAAAGGUGAUAACAUAGCGCUAUUACUAGAAAAUUCCCACGAAUAUCCAUGCAUAUGGUUGGGUCUUACCAAAAUAGGUGUUGUUACCGCUUUAAUUAACACGAACCUUGUUAAUGAUCCGCUUAAUCACUCCAUCAAUGUAUCUAAUUGUAAGGCAAUUAUUUUCGGAUCGAAUCAUAGCAACGCUAUUAAACAGAUCCAGUCUAAGUUAGUAUCUGUGAAAAAAUAUCAGUUUCAUGAAAACGUUGGUAAAGAAGAGGACAUUGUGAAAGAUUGUGUAGACUUACGAAAAGCAUUGUCAACUGUAACCACUAAAUCGCCUGGAACUGUCCAGGUGUCUGUAAAAGAUCCAUUCCUUUAUAUUUACACCUCGGGAACAACAGGUCUUCCAAAAGCAGCUGUUAUUUCGCACGUACGAUUUAUGUUUAUGGCAACCGCCUUCAACUACAUGUCAAAAAUGCGGUCAGAAGAUACCAUUUAUAACCCGCUUCCACUUUACCAUUCCGCUGGUGGUAUGAUAGGUAUGGGACAAACAGUACUCCAUGGACUUUCGGUGGCUAUUCGUAAAAAAUUUUCGGCGUCUAACUACUGGAGUGACUGUGCUAAGUAUAAUUGCACCGUAGCGCAGUACGUUGGUGAAAUGUGUAGAUAUAUCCUAGCGACACCUAGAAAGGAACCAGUUAAGCAUUCUGUUCGUGCCAUUUUCGGAAACGGACUAAAAGCGCAAAUAUGGACAGAGUUCGUAAAUACCUUUGAAAUUAAAGAGGUGUUUGAAUUUUAUGGUGCGACUGAAGGAAUUUCCAAUAUCAUAAACGUGGAUAACACGCCCGGGUGCGUAGGUUUUGUACCGAGGUAUGCGGGUCCUAUCUACCCUAUGACUUUAUUAAAGUGUGAUCAGGAAACUGGAGAACCACUUCGAAAUAGUGAUGGUUUUUGUAUGGAAUGCGGAAUUAACGAACCGGGUUUGGUCAUUUCUAAAAUUAAUCAAAGAGAUCCUUGUCAGGAAUUUAAAGGAUAUGCCGAUAAAAAGGCAACAAAUAAAAAAAUUUUGCAGAAUGUUUUUAAGAAGGGAGACGCUUAUUUUAAUUCGGGUGAUAUUUUGGAACGCGACGAACUUGGCAACUACUUUUUUAAGGAUAGAACUGGAGAUACAUUCAGAUGGAAAGGGGAAAAUGUAUCUACGUCAGAGGUCGAGGGUAUUAUCAGUAAUAUACUUCAGUUAAACGAUGCCGUUGUCUACGGUGUUGAGAUACCAAACACUGAAGGAAGGGCGGGUAUGGCAGCCGUUGUGGAUACUAAUGAUAGUUUAAAUUUGGAAGUAUUAAGCAAUGGACUGAGAAACAAUUUACCUACGUACUCAAUACCGAUAUUCCUGCGCGUGCUAAAAGAAGUGCCAUUAACUGGCACAUACAAAUUGAAGAAGAUUGAUUUGCAGCGUGAUGGCUACGACAUCAAAAAGAUCAGUGAUCAGAUUUAUUUUUACAAUGCAAAACUUAGAAAAUAUGAAGAACUGACGAAAGACUUAAUGGAUAAAAUAAGAGAUGGCCGCGUUAGUGUAUAAAAUAUUGAAUAGUUUUAAUUAUCAUAAACUGAGAAGUACCUGUAAGACAUCAUUUUGCGAAUGAAAAAUACCAAAUGGUUGUGAAAAAACGACGCUUAUUUCCCAAUGUCGUUAUAGCCCUAUGAUAUGACGUAAUUUUAUGUACAGUACUUGCAUAUUGCAGGUGCGCUUUAUAAAAAAGGUUAGCUGUCGAUGACAUUCCCGUAGGUGAAAUUUCAAAAAAAAAAUAUUUUUCAUUCGCAGUAGACAUUGCCAUUCCUACUUAAUUUAUACCUAAUUGAUCAUGCCAAAUAUUUUGUAAAAUUUGAACUUGUGACCGUUUGCACAUUUCAGCAAAGGGGCAUUAGGAAAUUGCAACUGAAAGACUUGACAAUUAUUUAUAUUAUAAAAAAAUGUGUUGUAAUAUUUGUUUUAAUAUAACAUUUCAAAACUG